AAAGCUCGUAACCUCUCAUAAAAUAAUCAAUCCCGGCUGUUUUUGCUUUCUCCCCCAGAUAGGUAUCGAACGCCCCGUCCCGCCUCAAAGACUCAAAAGAAAUGAUAGGGGGAAAAUGUACCAGGUCUUAGAUCUUCGUCACUGCGGAACACAUCCGAGAGAUUCCACGCGCGAUGCUGGAUCACGGUCCGGUUGCGCGCGCGCUCCUGUCGCUGGAGGUCUAGGGCCUCGAGGUCGUCGGAGAAGGAUUGCGACUCCGAUUGGGGGUUUGCGUUUGCGAGGGGGUGUUGGUCGGGUUGGUCGAAGUCGAGGAGGGCUGGGUCGGUGUCGAGGUGGAUGGUUGGGUCGAAGGAGGGGGGGAUUGAGGGGGACGAAGAAGUUGUCGGCAUCUAAAAAUUUUUGGUGGGAUUGUUGUUGAAAAGAGGAAAAAGAUGGCGUGUCGGAGAGACUGCGGUGGUGGGACUUGGACUUGAGAUGCCUGCCGCC